AAUAAUUAAAAAAUAAAAAAUAAAAAAAAACAAUGAGUGGUAGAUAAGAAGAGGGUGAUCCAUAAUUCAGUUACACGAGGAGGUGUUAUAGAGUUCCUGCCACCUCCAUGCCUUCAACUUGAUCCAUCAUUCAUCAUCCUCCUCACAAUUCCAGAAACAUGAAUUCUUAUCCAACCAGCAACUCUCUGACCCUUACACGUGUCAUUCAAUAAUUUGCCUGCCCCAUCACCACCCUAGAUAGCAAUGGGUCCCAUUGGUCAACGUCUCUAACCGUUCCAUUUUUCCUGAUUGGCUUCUGUUAUACUGUAUAACUUGCAUCCAGAACCACUGGAGCGAAAGAAGGGUAAUAAGGUAAAAGUGGUGGGCUACAUUCCACGGUCAGGCCCACCAGCAACCAUGACGAUCUUGAUUGAGACGAGGGAAGAAGCAGAGUGAGAGAGACGGAGAUUGAUAGAUGGGAAGGGCAUUUGUGUAUGUGAUUCUUGGAGGAGGAGUGGCUGCUGGAUACGCGGCUCUCGAAUUCACCAAGCGAGGAGUUCGUCGUGGCGAGCUCUGCAUAAUCUCUGAAGAACCACUUGCACCUUAUGAGAGACCUGCAUUGAGCAAAGGGUUUCUACUCCCAGAAGCUCCUGCGCGUAUUCCAUCCUUUCAUACUUGCGUUGGUAUUAAUGAGGAAAGAUUAACUCCAAAAUGGUAUAAGGAACAUGGAAUUGAAUUAGUACUUGGAACACGAGUUAAGUCUGCUGAUGUCAGGCGCAAGACAUUAUUAACUGCAGCUGGGGAGACUAUUAGUUACAAGAUUCUCAUCAUUGCAACAGGUGCCCGGUCAUUGAAGCUGGAAGAAUUUGGAGUAAAAGGAUCAGAUGCUGAAAAUGUGUGUUAUUUACGAGAUUUGGCUGAUGCAAAUACACUUGUUGACCUCAUGCAAUCUUGCUCUGGUGGAAAUGCUGUUGUUAUUGGUGGUGGUUACAUAGGAAUGGAGUGUGCUGCAUCUUUGGUGAUCAAUAAAUUAAAUGUGACUAUGGUCUUCCCAGAAGCACAUUGCAUGGCUCGUUUGUUUACACCCAAGAUUGCAACUUACUAUGAGGAGUAUUAUAAAUCCAAAGGAGUAAAGUUCAUUAAAGGAACUGUGUUGUCAUCAUUUGAUUUCGACUCCAAUGGGAAGGUAACUGCAGUUAAUCUUAAAGAUGGAAGCCAACUACCUGCAGACAUGGUUGUUGUGGGAAUAGGCAUCCGUCCAAACACAAGCCUGUUUGAAGGCCAACUAACAUUGGAGAAGGGUGGAAUCAAAGUGAAUGGAAGAUUGCAGUCAAGCAACAGCUCAGUAUAUGCAGUAGGAGAUGUUGCAGCAUUUCCAGUCAAACUAUUUGGUGAAACCCGUAGGCUUGAACAUGUCGACUCUGCCAGGAAAUCAGCAAGACAUGCUGUGGCUGCAAUAAUGGAACCAAACAAAAUGGAUGAAUUUGACUAUCUACCCUUCUUCUACUCUAGAGUCUUCACCUUUUCCUGGCAAUUUUUUGGGGACAACGUGGGGGAAGUAGUCCAUUAUGGAGAUUUCUCAGGAAGUACAUUUGGGGCUUAUUGGGUUAGUAAGGGUCACCUUGUUGGGUCUUUUCUUGAAGGUGGAACCAAAGAAGAAUAUGAAGCCAUAGCCAAAGCCACAAGGAUGAAACCAGCUAUUGAAGACCUAGCUGAGUUGGAAAGGCAAGGUUUGGUCUUUGCAUUGUCAGUUAGUAAAAAACCAGCUCCGUCACCACCACCACCUUCCGAUAGUCGUGGAUCUACUCUUGUUGUGGAGAAACCAAUCUAUGCAUGGCAUGCAACAGCUGGUGUUGUUCUGGCUGCAUCAAUAGCUGCAUUUGCAUAUUGGUAUGGGAGGAGGCGCCGACGGUGGUAAUCUCACAGUCGUUUGGAUCUUGCAGUUUAUUGGCGUUACUAAUGUAAUUCGGUUAUAUUAUACACGUGUUGUAGCAUUUUUAGGACUAGGAGUUUCGUGAUACUCAGAAUCAUUUGGCCAUUUCUAUUCUGGCAAGAGUAUAGCUCAAAAAUGUUAAAUGAAUACAAAGUUAUAUCAUCAUACCAUACGCAGAGCUGUAAUUUCCAAGCUAUCUAUAGAGAUUGAAAUAUAAUUGAUUAAAAGUUUAAUUGAAGCA